AUUUUCCCGCCUUUUCGCGUUCGCACCGCCGUGUUUCCCUCCCGCCUUUGCCGCCACCCUUCCCGCCACUUCUUCCCGCCACUCCUUCCCGCCAUCAUCUCCCGCCACUAUCUCCCGCUAAAUUUUCCCGCCACACUGUCGAAUUUUUGCCUAUAAAAGCAGGCAUCGCUACUCUGGAUUGCACAAGUUCUUGUAUCUCUAUUUUAUCCCGUUUGCUCACCCUUAGCCAUCAUGAGUGUGCCUUGCUCUGACCAGGACUUUAGGCCGGCGAAGGCGAAGGCUGCAAGUUUGCCCCCGGGUGUGACUGCGGAGCGUUGUUGGUGCGGCCGUGUUGCUAAGGUUAAGCAGGUGGAGGAUUUCUCCGACUGGUUCGGCAUGAAAUUUUUCAUGUGUGCGAGCUAUGAGCAUGAUCCACCCCGUAGUUCAGCUUCGUCGUCCACCAGGCCGCCGUCUCCCCCGCCCCUAUGCAAAUGGUUUCACUGGAUAGACACGGAGCAGCCGGAUUGGGCGCGCGAGGAGGUUGAGGAGAAACAGCGCCGUGCGUGGGCAACGUUCUUUGAGGAGGAGCGUUGGGAAAAGGUUCGUGCUAAUGAGAAAGCAGAGCGAGAGAGGCAGAUACAGAAACUAAGGGCGGAACAAGCUCGUAACCGAGAGGUGAAUCAGAAGAGGAUGGAUGAUGAGGCUGCACGUAGGUUUGCAGACGAAGAGGUUCGCAGGGAGGCUCGUGAAGCGGAAAGGAAGAGACUAAGGGAAAGAGCUGCUGAAGCGCAAGCGGCAGAAGAACGCGGCGACAAGUCUGGAAAAUGGCCACGGUGGACGCAGGGAAAGUAGUGUGAUGUGUCGUAUUGGCUAUGUAUCUUAAUUUCAGUUGUAUCUUAAAUUCCGUUGUAGUGUCGUUGUAUCUUAAAUUCCGUUGUAGUGAUAAAUCCUAUUUCUAU